CGCUGAGCGACGGCCUGUUUCUCCAUCCUCCCAGGGGGGUGUUGGCCGGCGCAGCUCAGGGAGGCCGGCCCCGGUGCGUUCUUGAGCGUGCACACACUUGUCCCGCGGGCUCCCGGCUGCGGGGUUUGCAGGCUGAGCGGCAGGCCUAUUGGGAUUUGGCAAAAGGAUUCUAAUUUCCGCUGGAAGGCUCGGCCUCUCUUCCUUCCAAGCUGGGAGAGCAGAAGUCAACAAACAACACGUCGAGGGUGGGGCGGCUGCAUCUCGCAACCCGCCAGGGCUGGGGCGUAUCCGCUGAGCUUCCUGAGUCCCGAAGGCCGCGAUGGAGAGCCGGUGGGGACUGUGGUGUGUCACGUUCCUGUGUUUUCUGACCCACGCUCGAGGUCAAGGCGACUUCGACCUGGCGGAUGCUCUGGAUGACCCCGAACCCACCAAGAAGCCGAGCUCAGAUAUCCACCCGAGGCCGAAACCCCCUUAUCACCCACAGCCUGGGAUGCCCGACAACAGCGGAAAUAUUUACCCCCCACCGAAGCCACCGCCUCGCCCUCAUCCCGGCAGUUCCGACAGCGGUGGAGGUUUCUUAGACGUGGACCGCGGCGAUGGCCGAUACCCACCCAGACCCAGGCAGCCAGCAGGAGGCGGCGGCGGCCACCACCCGGGUUAUGACGGCUACGGAAGCACACACGGAGGAGGGCGCUAUCGAUCCAGCUCGGGUGGAAGUAGUUAUGGUGGAGGCGGAUAUUCCACGUACGGCACCCAAUAUGGCAACACGGUGGCGAAAAUCGUGUCUCCCAUCGUGUCGGUGGUGGUGGUGGCGCUGGUGGGCACAGUGGCCACUUAUUGCCAACGCAACAGGAGGAGGAAUUGUUUCCACACAAACGAACCAGAGAACGUGUGAGGGCUUCAGGACCCACUAAUCGCUCUGGGAGGAAAACUCAGUCAAGACAAGUACCCUGUUUAUUGCUCCUGCGGAAAGUUCCUUUCAUUCCUGGCACCACCUGCCACCGUGAAGUGUCUUUCUCUCCUGCUUGAAAUCAAUGAGCUGUGUGACAAAAAAACCCCCAUUCGUUGGGCGUGGUGCAUUCAUAAACAUCAGCCAGACCCUGGGUAGUAGGAUCGCUCGAUGUGUGGGUUCGAUCAUUUAGACAGAGAGAUUCUGACUCUGCUCUGAGCUCCUGCACUACCUCGUGCUGUCCUACACGCCAACAUUGAACGCCGUCCACGUCGUCACAAAGCACAACGGCGGCAGCACGGCAAGGCUCUUGCGUGAGGCUGCUAUCGGCUUCCGGGAGACGAAGGAUGCUGCUGGGGUUUCGAACCAGCGGUGGUGGGACGCUUGACCCUUGCUACGGAAACCUCGGGGCGUUCACCAUGACGAGUGAAGUGGGAAUGAGUGAUUCCUUACGUUAAACGCAGAACUUCCGGCAUCAUUUUGGCUCCCACUUGUCUGCAUACAAAAUUAUCGUUCCCUGUGGAAGUAAGGCUGGAUGUUGGCAUUUUAAGGACAGGAUCGCUGAUGUUAAAACCACCUCGGGGAAUCUCUCUGGGGAAUCCUUUUUUCCUGUGAAAUCUUACGGUUUCAGUAUUUUUUGGAAAAUAGAGGGUAGAAAUAGUGAUUUUUAAGAAGUUGAGGCUUUUCACGUAAUUUUUGGUUUCUGACGUUCUGCAGGCACCUGUUUGUAAGUCAUCAGCAUUGCUUUCCCUCGUUGACGCUUUUUUUUUUUUUUUGCUGGAGCAGAAAACCUCGUCUUCUCAAACAUUGAAAAAGUAUACUAACUGUUUGCUUCUCUUUUAGUAACACUUUGGGGAAGAGGAAAAAGGCCACUUUGGGCAUAUUGGUAUAGUUUGAUUCAACUCAGAUGAAUGUUUAUGGAGCGUUUAGACUUUGGCCUAAACACCAGAACCAAAGAUGAGGCAUUUGUCACAGUCUGGAGCUCCUACAGAGACGCAUAGCAAUCCCAAAUACGCUGGGUGCUCAUUCAUUAUGGACGGGGAGCCAGGUCUCCGAAAAGAGGGAGCUGAAAGCAGAGAGGGUUUGAAAGAGCUUCCCAAAUCGAAAAAAAACUGAAUGCCAGUGAUCCGGACGAGAUGUCUCAGAAUUGCGUGCCCCACGUCACGGAUUUACACAUGAUUUUGAGCAAUCUGAAGACGGCACGCGUUUCCUCUUUGAAUAGGAAUCUUCUGUGCCUCCUCUCACCUCUUGGAGAGGGUUUCUCAAAAGUAAAAAAAAAAAAAAAUCUCAAGCCGACUCAACAUUUUCCAGAUAUGAGCUUCAGUGUGAGUUCGAUAUAACUCUUGUUGAAAAGUGUGCGUGUCUCUGUGCACGAGCACACACGUUCACACAUAUACGUGUAUACGGGGGUGCCAUGGAAGCAUUUUUAAAGAUAGAUUCAUCUAUUUUCUGUAACUGUCGUACGCAACUUUUCGUCAUUUGAAUUAAAUGUAAAAGAAAAAAAAAAUCGGCUCUGGGGGUGUGUUCUCCUUUCUAUAUUUCGCACAGAAAACUCUAAGACAGCUGUGGAAGUGCCUGAAAAAUCAUGCCACUUCGUAGCUUUGCGUGAAUCCCAGACAUCCUUUCCUAAGCUCCGUUGUGUGUCUUUCGGGUGUGCAAAUGGACGUGGAGGCGUGUUUGCCUCUGGGAUGCUCUCCACUCAGUUCCAAGGGACUCGGUAGGUGUUUAAGAAGCAGACGGGCAUCCUCCAAAGAAAGAAAUAUUUUCGUCGGUACCAUUUGGAGCAAAGUGGAUUAUGAACGCAUAACAUAAAGAUAGUUACAGAGUUAGGGGAUAAAAAUCACCCAAAUGACAAGGGGGAAACAACGGUUCAUGUUCAACCUAGUGAAAAUAGAAGCCCUUGAAUGAUGAUUACUCGGGGAAUAUCUUUCUAAGGAGUCACCAAGGCCACCUGUGAGGUAUUCUUCUCAUGCAAAAAAGAGGACAAAAGUCACGACAAAUUGCCAUCUCUGUGCACUUGAAAGAAGGAAAUGAUGGCAUGGAUGCCAUAGCGUAAAAAGCAGUAGUCACCCACUCUUCCUGGGAACCUUGAAGAUGCCCGGUGGUCAGCGGGUGAAGAUCUUCAUGUUGGAAUGCAGAGAGGCCAGAAAGCUAAUUUUAGAGGGGUGAAGAGGAGGUGCCCUGGGGCAGCUACAUUUUUAACCCUACUUUUCUACAUGCACUUAAAAAGGAUGCCUUUCUCCCCGCAAGGAUAAACCGCCAUAUGCAAGUCUUUCCAGUUGUACCAAAGGGGAAAGCAUGUGGUCUUGCUGAUUCACGUCUGGUUCCUCAAGUUGGAAGAUCAAGUCACACACACACACACACACACACACACACAUGCUGUAUUAAUAUAUUGCUACGGGUCGAAUUAUGUCCCCUCUCAAAUUCAUAGGUUAGAGUCCUAACCCCCAGGGCCUCAGGACGUGACCUGCUUUGGAAAUAAGGUUGAUGCGAAUGGAAUUAGUUAAGAAGAGGUCGUACCUGGAGAAGAGUGGCCCCAACCCAAUCUGACUGGUGCCCUUAUCAGAUGGGAAAUUUGGACAUAGACACGAACGCAGGGAGAACACCGCGUUUAGCUUGGAAUGAAGCUACCACAAGCCGAAGAAGUUGGGAGAGAGGAUUGGAAGAGAACCCCCCCUCCCCAUCCCCUGCCAAUAGUCUUCAGAUUGAGUAUGGCCUGGCUGGCAUCUUGAUCUCCAACUUCAGAAACGAUGGGAGCUUCACUUAGCACGCCUGUGGACAUAGUGCACGAGGCCAAUCAUAAUUUAACUCUGUAUUCUGAAGCCCAAUUUACGGGUUUGCGCCCUGGCUCCUCUCUUUUGAGCUGUGUCACCUUGUGCGAGUUACACAACCUCUCUGGGCCUCAGUUACAUCAUCGGAAAAAGGAGUAUAAUAAGACUCCCUGCUGUGCCCAACUGUGCUGUGGGUGGCUGAGUUGAUGUACGAAAAGUAUUCCAAGUCACGCCCGGUAGGCAGUAAGGGCUGCAGAUGUCAUGGGGGAGAAAAUAAAUUAAAAUAAGCAUUUUUCUUAAUGUAAAUAGAUUGCAGCUCAUUGCAAUAAAUAGGACACUUCUGAGAAUCAGAUCAAAAGUCGAGACCAUGAAAUCAAAACUGCAGACGCUAAUGGAAAACACUGAGUGUCAGAGAAGGCAGGUUCCCCCCCCCGCCCCCCCAACACCCCAAAUCCUUUCUGUCUGUUUUCUGGAUUGACAGCACUGUCCCUGGGCUCAUGGUUUUCCAACUGAACUACAAUUCCCAGCAUCCUUUGUGGGCCAUUGCGGUCAUGUGACAGCUCUGGCCAAUGGCGUGCCACCUCCAUUUCAGCAGCUGUACGCCCCACCCGUGGUCCAUAAAAUAGCAUCUUCCAGCUUGGGGAGCAUCAGGGUGAGUCUAUCUUGCUUUUCACUUUCAUGUGGAACCUAAAAAAGCCAAACUCAUAGAAACAGGGAGUAGAAUGGCGGUGGCCAGGCCCUGGGGUCCCAGGAGAUGGAUGAUGUUGGUCAAAGGGUACGAAGGGCCAGUUAUAGAAUGAAUAAGUUCUGGGGAGCUAACACUCUGGUGGGCAUCAUUUUGCAACAUAUAAGUGUAUCAAGUUGUCACGUGGUACACCUUAAAGUUACACAAUGUUACACGCAAUUAUAUCUCAAUAGAGCUGGAAAAAGUGGUUCUUUUUGGUUUUUCUGCAAACAUUUUUUGUUUUGAUUCUGUAAGUGUCCAGCGCUCCACAAGCAUGGAUGGUCUUUUUCAGUGGGUUUGGAACGAUUCUGCUCUUUUUUUCCAUGAUAAAUUCACUAUACGUUGAAUAUUCUUGGAUAAUUCAUUAUAUAUGUAUUUUUUUUGCUAUGGUUCAUUAAUGACUUUAUGGUUCCGUUGACAUUUUGGAAUCUGACUUUCAAAUGGCGUACUUUUUUUUCUGACUUGCAAUGAAACUUGUUUAUUUUGGAGACUUUUUAAUAGGGUAUGGGCCUCGGUGAUUUUAUCUCCUUCCAGAUCAUUUAGUGUAGAUUUGCUUGCUUUUUCUUCCACAGAUUUUAAGGACACAUUUCUCUGAGCACGUAAGUCAGUUCCCUCAAAACUCCUUGUGUUUCAUCUUCAAGGAGAUCUUCAAUUUCCCAUGCCCUCGUCUUCAAUUCCAAGGACCCACCAUCCACCCAAGUUCGAUCUCUAGCUUCAGCAAACGUUUCCUAACGUUUUGUUUGGUGAUUAAACCUACCCUUUCUGUCUUUGCAUCCUUCGGCUUCUUAUAAAAGCACCUCUACGCACCCCCGAAGAUGGGAAUUUUCCUCCAAACCAUCUAUUAUUUUUCUUGCUCUCUUAAAUGAAGCAAGCGUUCCUAAGUCUCACGGAUCUCUCUUUGUAUUUGUUGACAAAUGUCGUGUUGAAAUGUCUCGUGACGCAGAGAAGGGAUUUCAGGUCUCAUCCAAGUGUUUUCUAUGGAGAACCUCAAAAUAGAGAUGAAACCUCCUCUCCAGCCUGCACAGAUGGAGCUCUGCUCAUUUCGACAGCUCUCCUUCAGGAUUCGAAUUCUAAUACCAUCAGCAGCCAACCGUGCCAUUCUCUUCCCCAAAAGCGGAUCCUUGCUCUGAAGCCAUCCACCUUUUCAAUGCAUGUUAAUCUAUUUACACACGGCCCUUGAAUUUUUCUUUUUUCACUUAAGCCCAUUCAGACGGUCUGAAACAUCCUUAAGUCAGUCACUCGAGGCUAAUAACUAGCCUUUGAAAAUUGGCGGCUUAAGCCUCGCUUUCAAGAGAAUCAUUCAGUUCUUCUUUUCGUCCAUCAACCAGUGAUGAGACAGGAGUUUUGGAAAGCUGGCUGCUCUGGUAGAAAGAGCAGAAGCCUGUAUUCUGAUCCUGUUUCCUAUUCUGAAGCUGAAAACAGGCACAAGAGAGCAAUUCGGCUUUCCUGAAAUUCGCCAUUCUGAUGUGGGACUGGGACCCUGGGCAAAUUGUUGAUAGGAGAGUUGCUUUUUAUAGUAAACAAUUCAAGACGCUCGCUUGAUGUAAAGAAUGCCUCUGUGCCUUAUAGUUUGCACCUCGGCCCCAACGUAGGCGGCACUUUGAAAAUAUCUUAAUCUCUUCCAAUGGCUUCUUGACCACUUAGCAUAUUUCAUUCCCAAUGGAUGUUUCUUCGAUUCUUCCAAACACGUUCCUUCGGGAAUUCUGACGAGGGGCAGUCCCCUGGUUGCCUGUCCAUCAGCCUGCUCUGAAGAUCCGCUCUGUGCAUGUUGUCCCUGUGCCACCAGAUGUGCCGAAAAUCCAUCAACUCGGAGCCCCGUGCAGAAGUGGCACCUUUUCCGUCUCCUUGGCCUCACGGGUCCAAAAUAUGAUGUGGACCGUUUCCCUGCAGAUGGAUAAAGUGAGAGAUUCUGCAGCUAGCGGAGGCAUUGGGGUCCAGGUGAUGAUUGCUUUUGGAACCCGCCAAAUACAGUUGUCCCUGGGCUCGCAGGAGAGCUAUGUUUCACAUGCUGCCCUUGCAGAGUGGUGAAAGCAUUCAGAUCUUUGUUCUGUGCAGAAGGGACGUUGCGCGGUGCAAGGCCCUGGAUGUUAUCUCAUCUGAUCCCUUUUCCACGCCAACGAGUCCUUGGAGCUGAGGAGAAAGGAAUUAUUGGGGUGCAGAAAUGCAAGUGGAGGUGGGCUCCUUAGUUUGGUUAAUGAGAGCUCCUGUGCUGUCCUGUGAGUCUAAGGACUUUUGUGUCAAGGGAAAAAAUACGUAUCUUGUAAAAAUAAAAAUAUAUUUCGCUUAAGGGGUGUUAGGGCUUGGAGCUUCAUAAAUGCUAUGUUUUUCAAUAUGUUAUUCCUAGGUCUAUAGUCUUGAAAAUCUUUUAAAACAACCUGCACGACAGUUUCAUAAAUUCAGUAAACAAAAGAGGAAGUAUCGGAUGUUAAUUUUCACUAAAUUUCACCACUAAAAUUCUGAAAAUUCACAAAAGAGCGAUAAUGCUACAAUUCCCAAAUCCCCAAAGAUCUUUUAAAAUUAGAUUUUCUGACACCGCAGAGGCCCAUAAUCAUUUUUUAUUAAUUCGUUUAGCUAAAUGGUGUCCCGUUUUAUUUCCUUUCAGAAAGAAACAUUUUCAAUUUGGAAAAUGGAGAACGAUUUAUGAUUUCAUCAAGCCAAUGGCAAACAAUUGGUCAAAGGGUAGUGAUUCAGAAAGUUAACAAAACAAACACUGUUGUCAUUAGGAAUACCAAGGCCAGUAAGAGGAGUAGUGAUGACAAUAACAGGCACAUACAGGUUCUAUUUUAAUGGGAAAAUAUGAAAAAAAUCAAACUUUUAAAAUAAAUUAAAAUUUUACCCAUGUGCACAUAAAAACAGUUGUCAUCGAUAAUAAAUCAUGAAUAAAGAUGUGAUCCGAAUUUUUGGGAUGACUGCGAAGGGGCUGUGCACUGUAGGCCUUACCAUGUGCUCUCUAGGGUCCGAUUAGUAACUACAGAAUUGGGGAGAUAAAGAAGUGUUCAAGAGUUCUCAACCAUUCGUUGAGCCAUUAUAAAUUUGUGAAUAGCUUUAAAGUCAGCUGUGCAUUUUUUUUUUUCAUGGUGAAAAACACAUAACCAUCAAUAUCUCAAUAUUUCAAUAUAUCAAUAUCAAUAUUCAGUAUAUUGAUAUCAAUAUAUCCGUAUUUCCAGGGUCUGGCCCCAUCCUGAGAACACCUACCUGAAGGUCAGACUCCUAAGAGGAUGAGAUUAACUGGUCUGGUUUCUCACUCUGGGCCACUUGGGUUCCUCACUUGGAAGCCCCUGGGUGAUUUGGGUGGGCAUCCGUCCAAGCCACGAUUUCCCAACGGAGGCACGUCCCCCGCAGUUCCAAAUAUAAGCGGAAUGCAUCGCCCGAAUCCAGCCAGCUGUCGUCACAUCUGUGCUUUGCAGCUGUCUGCCUCCUACUCCCACACAAGACCCCACUAAAAUAGGUAUGCGUCACCCAGAACCACUAUCUCUGAAGAGCUGGGUCCGCAGAAAUGAUCCAGAGAAGGACAAUGUGCCGAUUUCCCCUCAAUGGAAAAGAAUGAAAACGGCUGUAGACCGAAGAAGGAGUUAGGGGGGAUGGGGCCAUUGAUAUCCCAGCCUCGUCUAACCCUAAUCGUGUCCCAAAGGUCCAGCCUCCAAAUACCAUCCCCUUGGGGGUUACAGCUUCAACAUACGAAUUUGGGAGACACAGGCAUUCAGUUAAUGCAGAAGGUCUCAUUCAGGCCAUAACCUUAAUCUCACAGGGGAGAUGUUGUCUCUUGUUUUUCGAGCUAAAGACCUUUGCGUGAUGAGAUUGGCAGAGAUCCGAGCGAAGGUGGGGUUUUAAAAAUGUAUAUUCUGUAAUGACAUGUGCCAACAUUUGGAAGACCUCCACGUGACUUCAGGAUGUUGCAGAAUCCUAAGUGGGUAAAAGAUCCGUCUGAAGUUCAAGGCAGCCCCAUGGGCUUUGACGUUACAGAGCAGGAAAAUUCACGGAUGGGUUUUCAGAUUCCAUGUUGCCUUGCCUUGAAGGAACCGCCGAUUGUGAAGCUUUGGUCAAAGCAUCAAAGAAGAGUGUCCACCAUUGUGUGGAAAAGCUAUCAAAACCCUCCCCCCUUUUCUAACGAAACAUCUGAGUGAGGCCAGAUGUUUUUCCUAUAUGUCAACCCGAAUAACGUAGGGUAACAAAAUGAAUGUAGGAGCAAAUACUUCUAAGAAAUCAGCCAGAGACUAAAGAGAUUUGUAAAUGUGUAAACAAUGCUACUCCUCCCCCCUAAAAAAUUUUUCUUUGGGAAAAUAUAUUUUAUUUUUCCAUAGAAACAUGUUAUUUAUGUAAGAUGUAAUGGAUUUACUAUUAUUGUUAUCUUUAAAUGUGUGAAAUAAGUAAAUAUCGAAAAUGCUCAGUUUUAAUUUCUAGUACAGAAAAUGUGGAUAUUUAGACCCUACAUAAACAAAAGCUGUUUGCGUUCCUCAAUAGUUUUUAAGAGUGUCAAGGAGUCUUGUGAUGAAAAUGUCUGAGAAAGCCUGCUAGACUGCAUAAAUUAGGAUGCUUUUUAGCUGAAGUGACAGAAAGGCCAACUCAAAAUGGCUAAAACCAUAAAGACAGAAUCAUGUAGGAAGACUUACUGAGGUUUGGGGCCUCUGAGGUGGGGUAAUCUGAGAGGUCGCUGUUAUCCUCCAGUGGCCGGGUUCUCUGCCUCUUGUGAUCCUGCCCUUCACAGAUCAUUGACCAGUUUCACUCCUGGUGGAAGAUGGGCUGCUGUAGCUCCAGCCAUCGUAGCCUCACCCGUCCAUAGCCAGAGGCCCAAUAAAGACCAUUUCCUCCCCGCUUUCCUCUUUUAAAAGUAAAGAUUUCCUUCCAGAGGCCAGCAGCCCACCUCUCAUUCCUAAUUAACACACAAUGAGACCCUCACUAAAAUUGAGGGUCACAGGUGAGGUCACAGGAAUCCAGGAGCAAAAUCCCAACUUUGUCAAUAAUGAGCAAGAGAACAGUGGUUGCAUGGUAGCCAGUAGCAGGUGCUAUAAAGCCUUUGCUUAUUUUGUAUCAAGUUGCUUGCAAGUGUAGUUGUUUGCAUAUUUCUACGUCAACCUUUAUCAAUGUAUAAAAUAUAGAUGUAUACUUUCAAUUGUGAUACACCCACAUAUAUAUGUGUAUGCAUAUUG